AUGGACUAUCUCCAGCAUUCCUCAUACAAGGAUACGCACGGCGUUUGGAUUGUUCACCUCCAUGUCAACGGACGAAUGUAUUGGCGACUCACCCCGACUGCUGCAAAAUUUCGACAUCACAGCAUUCGUGUCGUAUCCAGCAUUGAACCCCAUGCUCUGGUGCGAAAGAAAGCAUGGAGAACGAUAUUCUCUGCACUGUCCGGCGCCGGGUUUCCCAAGGAUGUUCCUGGUCAACUUGAACUUGGCAGGGUUGAUCGUCUAGAGUUGCACACGGACGAUGGAAAGGAUGUGUUUACCGUGGACCAUGCCGUGCAACGCGCAACAGAGGCUAAUUGUGCUGAAGAUGCAUUAUACCCAAAGGCACUGCUGCAAACUGAUGUUGAAACCAGUAUGUGCUGUGAUGUGACUCGUCUCCAGCACUCUGUUUACGAGAAGAUACCUCCAGUAUACAAUCAACAGCACCGUUACUGGGUGCAGAUGCAGACAUUUCCAUCCCACACAAAACUCCCUCGCAUCUCUGUUCACUCAGCUAUGAAUGCACUGUUAUGGAGCCGUGCUGACCGCCUGCUGUUCCCUACUUCCAAUGCACCGUAUACCAAGGAGUCUUGCUCUGAAAUGAUCACAUCACUGCAAGACAUCUCUGAGGAGGCUGCCAAGAAUGAACAAGGAAUUUCUCUCGAGACUUGGUACGUGUCUGCGAUAUUGCGGUACAUCAACGCACAAUUAUACCGCAAUCGCGCCCGGUUGGAGGAGUCCCCAGAAUUUGAUCCGAAAAUCUUGAGCAUUGCUGGGUCAUUGAUCUGGACUUUUCUAUCGUUUGCAUUGCUCACCUCGCCAUACGGAUAUUUGCGUCGAAUCACGGCUGUGGACCGCACGAAAAUUGGGGACGGCGUUAGCACAAUCAGAUGGCACCGGUUCAUCUCAAGUUUAUGUCAUGAAUGGAAUGCUAGCAAUCUUCUGUCAACGGUACUGAUUUCGGCUACUGUCAGUCUUCUUGCUGCACCUGGUAUGGAUGGAGUGGCUGUCAUCUUGGCAGUGCUCUCUGUUAUAUGUGCUAUAUUCUCUAUAUGCUUUGGCCUAUACCUACUGUGGAUGCAUCAAACUUUAGAGGAAACAGACGGUGGUCAGGCACUCCACUACUUUACCAGAGCAACAGCACUCACUGGAUCCCCUCAUCUCCUCGCUCUGGGUCUCUCCUUACCAUUGGCUUCAACAAUUUAUGGGAUGUUGUUGUUUUUAGCUUCCAUUGUUGCAUAUGCGGUGGACUCCCGUUUCCCAAGUGUGCAGCAGAUCAUCAUCACUGUGAUGCGUUAUGCAUCUGUUGCUAGCUUGGGGUUGUUGCUUGCUCUUGCAUGCAUCUUACUAUCACUUUUUGACCGGACAGUACAACAAAUUGUGGAGCACUUUCAUCCUCCCAUACCAAUUGUUGAAGCACCACAGCAGGAAGAGGGUAGCCUCGAGGUUGGCCCGAGUGGUCUGAGUCUACCAAAUCCCGAUCACAAUAUGAGCAUAAUGCGGAUUCCACCUUCCACCCACUCAGUACCAUCUGUACCUGAUAGCGGAGUACACAUGGUUGCACAAGGCCCUAAUGCUCACGUACACCUGGUUGCACCAGGACCUAAUGCCGAUGUGCCUCCGGUUCAACCAGGACCUAAGGGCAAAAUACGCCUGGUUUCACGAGGCCCAAAUGUGCAUGUACACCCAGUCACACCAGGACCCAAUGCCCACAUACGCACGGUUACACCAGGACUGAACACUGAGGUACACCCAGUCACAGGAUCUCUUGGCAACAUAGGCCCAGAUGCACCAGGACCCAAUGUCGGUGUACGCACAGUUCAACCAGGACUUAUUGGUGGCAAACUAUUGGUCUCAUCUUCGCACACAAGAUCUCAAACGCCUCCAAUGGAGCCUACGAGGGGGCUGUCUUCUAUGCCGGCUGGCGAGUUGUGGGGAAAUGUUCAUGAGCGAACAUGA